CAGCGCAGAGUGAUGACAGUGCCAACGCAGUCACAUUUAGACAAGGACUAACUCACUUUCAGCUCUGUCAUUUAAUCAACUGAUCCAGUUUUACUUGCAUACAUAAACCCAGGCGCAAGUUCAGACCAUGCGCUCUAUGUGAACAGCUGCGCAAAGACGCACAGGCUGAAAGACAUUUGACAGCUCGCCAACGGGACACUGGAGUGGACAUGUGAAGAAAUGGAUAUGCAGCCUCUUCAUAUGAUCAAAAUGCGAUCUGACAUCAUCAUCGUCCUCAUCCUCACUGCUGUGAUUGUUCCCCUGUGCACCUCGCAGUCAGUGUGUCCUGGCACUGAUAACAAGCUCAGCACGCUGUCGGAUUUGGACCAGCAGUACAAAACUCUUCGCAAGUUCUAUGAGAACUGUGAGGUGGUCAUGGGUAAUCUGGAGAUCACCAGUAUUGAAAGAAACCGCAAUCUGUCUUUCCUCAAGUCCAUCCGUGAGGUGACGGGUUACGUGUUGGUGGCUCUGAAUCAGUUCGACUAUCUUCCUCUGGAGAACCUGCGGAUCAUUCGAGGCACUAAACUGUAUGAAGGACGAUACGCCCUGGCCAUCUUUCUCAACUACAGACGGGAUGGCUACUUCGGCCUUAGACAACUUGGCCUCAAGAACCUGACAGAAAUCCUGAAUGGUGGUGUGUAUGUGGAUCAGAACAAGUUCCUGUGUCACGCUGACACCGUCCACUGGAAUGACAUCAUCAAGAACCCACGUUCUGAACUUCUGGUGGUUCCUUCCAACAACAGUGGCAACUCGUGCAGACGGUGUCACAGAUCUUGUAAUGGACGUUGCUGGGGUCACCAGGAAGACCAGUGUCAAAGCUUGACAAAGACAGUGUGUGCAGAGCAGUGUGAUGGACGCUGUUUUGGUCCGUACGUCAGUAACUGCUGUCACCGUGAAUGUGCAGGAGGCUGUUUCGGACCAAAAGACACAGACUGCUUCGCUUGUACCAACUUUAAUGACAGCGGGGCCUGUGUGACACAAUGUCCUCAGCCAUUCGUCUACAAUCCAACAACCUUCCAGCUCGAGCACAAUCCCAACGCCAAAUACACCUAUGGAGCUUUCUGUGUCAAGAAAUGCCCACAUAACUUUGUGGUGGAUCACAACUCUUGUGUCAGAGCCUGUCCGAGCAACAAGAUGGAGGUUGAGGAAAAUCACACCAAGAUGUGCAUCCCAUGCACUGACAUCUGUCCGAAAGUGUGUGAUGGUAUAGGUACCGGCAGUCUUCAAACGGCUCAAACUGUAGAUUCCAGCAACAUUGAGAAGUUUGUCAAUUGCACCAAAAUCAAUGGCAACCUCAUCUUCCUCAUCACAGGCAUUAAAGGGGACAUGUUUCAUGGCAUAAAAGCUCUGGACCCUGAUCGGCUAAAUGUAUUCCGCACCGUCAGAGAGAUCACAGGUUUCUUGAACAUUCAGUCUUGGCCGGAGAACAUGACAGAUCUUGGCGUUUUCUUGAACCUUGCCACCAUUGGAGGACGCUCUCUUUAUAGCCAUAUUUCUAAAGAGCAGAUGGUUUGUGAUCCGUUGUGUUCGGAGGAAGGAUGCUGGGGACCUGGUCCAGACCAGUGUCUCUCGUGCAAAUACUUCAGCCGAGGAAAGACAUGUGUCAAGUCCUGCAACUUAUAUUAUGGGGAUGUUCGAGAGUACACCAAUGGCUCAGUUUGUGUUGAGUGUGACAGCCAGUGUGAAAAAGCCGGAGAGAAAAGUUUGACCUGCCAUGGUCCGGGUCCAGAUCACUGUGUGAAGUGCUUGCAUCUCAAAGAUGGACCCAACUGUGUGGAGAAAUGCCCUGAUGGUCUGCAGGGAGCAAACAGCUUCAUCUUCAAAUAUGCCGAGACCAACAAUGAGUGCCAUCCCUGCCACCCCAACUGCACCCAGGGUUGUACUGGACCCAGAGUACAAGAUUGCAUUGGCAUGUUGGACAGGACUCCUCUGAUUGCAGCUGGGUUAAUUGGGAGUCUCUUUGUGAUGGUCAUCAUAGCUCUGGGUGUGGCCGUUUACAUCCGUCGAAAGAGCAUUAAGAAAAAGAGAGCUUUACGUCGUUUCCUGGAGACUGAGUUGGUGGAGCCGUUGACACCCAGUGGUACAGCACCAAACCAAGCUCAGCUGCGAAUAUUGAAGGAAACUGAGCUCAAGAGAGUCAAGAUUCUGGGAACUGGAGCCUUUGGCAUGGUCUAUAAGGGAAUCUGGGUUCCAGAAGGAGAAACUGUGAAGAUUCCUGUGGCUAUAAAGAUACUCAAUGAAAGUACAGGACCUAAAGCCAAUGUGGAGUUUAUGGAUGAGGCACUGAUCAUGGCCAGCAUGGAGCAUCCUCAUCUAGCGCGUCUUUUGGGGGUCUGCUUGAGUCCCGCUAUUCAGCUAGUAACUCAGCUCAUGCCCCACGGCUGCCUGCUGGACUACGUACAUGAACACCAGGAGAACAUCGGCUCCCAGCUGCUUCUCAACUGGUGCGUGCAGAUUGCAAAGGGUAUGAUGUACCUGGAGGAGAGGCGGCUGGUGCACAGGGACCUUGCGGCCCGUAACGUCCUGGUAAAAUCUCCAAACCACAUCAAGAUCACUGAUUUUGGACUUGCUCGACUGCUGGAUGCUGAUGAAAAGGAGUAUAAUUCAGAUGGAGGGAAGAUGCCCAUCAAGUGGAUGGCCCUAGAGUGCAUUCAUUACAGAAAGUUCACACAUCAGAGUGAUAUAUGGAGUUAUGGGGUGACUAUCUGGGAGCUGAUGACGUUUGGAGGAAAGCCCUAUGAUGGGAUUCCCACACGUGAGAUUCCAGACAUCUUGGAGAAGGGCGAGCGUUUGCCCCAGCCACCCAUCUGCACCAUAGACGUCUACAUGGUGAUGGUCAAAUCUGUUGUUUGUGAUUCUACUCGCUGUGACAUCUGUAACCCCACGGACAAUGAAAUGCAAAAUAUUGAUGGAGAUGAAACGUGGUGUGAUUGCACACAACUGAAGUGUCGUGAAAGAGUUUUUAGCCCAGAAGAUGGGAUGGGAGCUUGUUCCCAUGAUACUUCUGGUACAGAGAGGGGCGUCUUCAUUCCUAUAAGCACACAAGGUGCGGGUCUCGAUGCCCUUGAGGAACAACACUGUAAUGGGAGCUUGAAAAAACAGCCCAUGUCCACUGGAGACGAUUGCGAUGGCCAGCGCUACAGCGCAGACCCAACUGUCUUUUUCGGAGAAAGGAAUCAGAAGACCACUGGUGAAGAUGGUUACAUGAGCCCUAUGAACAAAUCAGCCUCAGACCAUCUUAGUCCUGUCGAGGAGAAUCCUUUUGUAAACCAGCGGAAAAAUGGAAAUAUUACUGCACUGGACAACCCGGGUUACCACAGCACCCCUGAUAGGAAACCCAAGGGUGAGGAUGAGUACAUCAAUGAACCCCUUUACCUCAACACAUACAACAACACUAGUGGGAUGAACCAGGAGAUUAUGAGGAAAAAUGGAGCUUCCAUCCCGCUACAAAUGACAACAGCAGCCAACACCGCAAGUAGCCACGUUAUCCUCUCGACACAAACUGGGAAAGCCCACCACCAUGGCCAGGGAACACAUGUUCAUUUCGCCGUUCCACCUGUUCAGCCCCCCCAGACAAGAUCGAUGAGCCAAAAUGGCCAGCAUUCCCAGUCACCACACGGUGCCGAAUCCAAUUCCUCCAGCAUCUCUGGCAAUCCCUCCUUAUUAACCCAAAUCUCCCUCGUCAGCCAACAGAUCCAUCCUUGUCUGGCGAGUCAUUCGGGCUCUUCAACUCAUCCGGCUCAAGUGGCGAAAUCUGCAGUCACUAGUAAAAGUAUAUCCGGCCUUCCCGGCCACCUUGUCUAUCCAGGUAACAUGCUUCAAACGGGUCAUUCUGGGACUGUAAUGGUCGACAGGAAGUCAAAGAAGAAUUUUGAUAAUCCUGACUACUGGCAGCAUAGUCUACCGCCCAAGGUGACCCAACCAAACCCUCAAGAUCCAACUCAAGUGUGCAAAAGCAAACAUCUCUACAGGCACAGCAUCCGAAGUCGCAUCGCCGUGGCUGACAACCCUGAGUAUCUUUCUGAGUUUAACAAGAGACCGGGAACGGUUCUGCCACCUCCACCUUACCGGCACAGGAAUACGGUAGUGUAACGCCGCAGCUCUAGAGAGCCAGAUUCCUCUACCAGCACUGUAUGCUAAAUUGGAAUUACUGAAGAACAGGAAAACUCCCAGCUUCAGGAAUUACUGAAGGAGACUUGUCAGACUUUAAAGGGAAAACCGAUCAACCAAAGUGCCUCUAAACUAUUCCAUCUUUUCUAUUCCAACAAAUCAGAACGUAAUCAGAUCUACAUAUUUUAAAGGGGAAGUGUAAACCAAAAAUGGACAUUCUGUCAUCAUUUAUUCUCCCUCAUGUCACUCCAAACUUAAAAUACUUUCAAACACGAAUGAAGAUACUGUGUUUUUGAUGAAGCCUGAGUGAUUUA